AUGAAAAAAGUUAAUAGCGUGAAUGUUAUUGGCUCAUCUCAGCCCGUCAUAGGGAAGUGGAAUCAGAGUGUGGUCCUGCCCUGCCACAUCUCUCCCCCGCUGUCUGCGGUGGACAUGCAGGUGCACUGGUACAGAGUAAGAUUCAGUGCACCGGUGCAUAUGUACCGCUACAAACAGGACUGGCCCACUGAGCAGGACAAUGCCUAUCGGGGGAGGACUCAGCUGUUUAAGGAAGAGCUCGGGCGAGGCAACAUUUCCCUGAGGCUGACAGACCUCCGCCCGUCGGACAGCGGGAUCUAUCACUGCUAUGUGGAUGAAGGUGACUGGGGUGAUCAGGGGGAGACUGAACUGAUUGUCCCAGUGGUAGGUUCUCAGCCUUCGGUGUCUCAGGACAGCACAGACCCAUCCAAGCUCUUGUGCAAGUCUGAAGGGUGGUACCCCAAACCAGAGGUGACCUGGUGGGACAAGAGCGGAAACAAUGUGACACACAUGUCCUGGACUGAAACGGAGCAGGACAGUCACAGUCUGCUGAGGGUCAUUAGUCACAUGGGCACUCAUAAGAAGUCCAAUGUGUUCUCCUGUAUGGUGCGGGCUACCGCGGGACCCGACAGAAUCUUCAGACUGCACAUAGCAGAAAAUAUGCGAUGCAUUCCUAAAUCAGAAUGGAAUGCAAUCCGUAGCUGUGCUGUUGAUGUGUCAUUUGAUGCUGACACAGCCAGUCCCUGGCUCAGGCUGUCCAACGAUGGAAAACAGGUGAGAUGUGGACUGAACUGGCAGAAAGUUCCAGAUAGCCCACAGAGGUUUACCUGGCAUCCUUUCAUCCUGGGCAAACAGAGUUUCACCGCAGGAAGGCACUAUUGGGAGGUCCAGUUAGGGGAGAAGCAGCGCUGGUCCAUAGGUGUCGCCAAAGCUUCUGUUGACCGAAAGGGAUUCUGCAACCAGGUUCCCGAGGAGGGAAUCUGGACUCUGAAGUUGUACAAUAACGAGCGUUUCUAUGCUGGGGCCAACAACCAAUACGACCUCAGCUUGCGACCAGAGAGGCUGGGUGUGUGUCUGGACUACGAGGGCGGGCAGGUCUCCUUCUACAAUGUUGAUAAAAGGUACCACAUUCACACCUUCACCGGCGACUUCACAGAGGCCAUCUACCCUUUCUUUUAUACUGGUAAUACCGAUGAGUUACCACUCAUUCUCUGCGCUGUAGAUCAAUAGAUAAAACAGGUUGUUACCGUUAAUUAUUUUAGAUGCACAGUUGUUCCACCCCUCUCCCCCAUUGUAUGCUUCCCGAUAUUUUUGCUGUUGCAGCCUUGUCUCCCAGUACAUUAUUGCUGUAAAUUAUUUGUUUGACUAUUAUACAUGUGUUUACCAGAGAGUGGUGGGCUGGACAAAGAUCACAUGUAUAUGUAUAUAUAAUCUGUAACAUACUAAACAACAAGUCUGAUAUGGUACCAGUUUUAUGGCCUCGCUGCAAUUCAGAAGAGGGGUGUGAAUCACAUAAAGGCAAGAUCAAGCAUUCUAGGCACUCUGAAAUAAAUAAUAUUAAAUAAAUCCAUAAUAUAGUGUGUUAAAAACUAUAGCACAGUAGCUAUCUCCCCUUUCUACCAUGCUGCAAUAUUUAACUCGGCAGAUAAAAGGGAAACUAUA